AUGUUUCAUCUUGCCAGCUCAUUGUACACACAAUAUACCAAACGAGAACAAUACAAUAUUUUGAUUUUAGGGUUAGAUAAUGCAGGGAAGACUACAUUUUUAGAACACAUUAAAUUGUUGUAUCCGAGCACUACGGCAAAUGACUCAAAAAAACCCAAACACUCUAACCAGGAAGCGCAAGAUGGCGAAGCAAUACGGACUACGAGUGAUAUAAUCAAGAGCAAGCGGAUUUUGCCUACUGUGGGACAAAACACCACCACGAUAAAGUUUGAAUCAAGCAUAGAAACACAUUUAUCAUCGCAAUUUAAAAAUAUAAAUUUGAAAUUUUGGGAUUUGGGUGGACAAAAGUCAUUGCGGAACAUGUGGUCUAGAUAUUUCAAACAGUGCCAUGGGAUAAUAUUCAUUAUUGAUUCUACUGACACAGAAAGGUUCCAAGAAUGCUAUGACACGUUAAUUGAUAUAGCGCAUGAUGAAAGUUGGAUAGACGAAAACAAUGGCGAUGCCACUGUGAAUGUGCCUAUAUUAAUGUUGGCAAAUAAACAAGAUUUGCCACAAGCUGUUGAUUUAGUGAGUUUGAAAACUGGUGUCUUCAUCAAGUUGGUGAGUGAGUUAGAAGCAACCGAUUCGAAAUUAUUGUCAGUGUCAGUAUUGGAGAAUCAAGGGUUGAAAGAAAGUUUAGAAUGGUUGGUAACAAGAUUGAUCUAUAACAAAACCAACCGAAUGCCAGAGUAUAAGUGA